AUACUCAGUUAAAAGGAACAAACCUAAUAAUAAAUUUUUGGUGUAACUAACGUCACCAUAUUAUGACAGAAGCUGUAAUUUUGGAGCAAACUUUAUGUAGAGAUAAAAAAAUUUCGGUAUUAUACUCGAUAUCGUGUAAUUUAUUACAACGAAAAUAUUAACGAUUAUAUAGUGUGGAGGAUUACACAAAAAUGUUUACGUUUCAUACAAACGAGAGGUACAAGUAUAAAUAAGAGGUUAUAAAUAAGAGGAAAUAAAAAGAGGAUACAUAAUAGUGAUUGACUGAGAUUAAACCAUGGCAGCCAUUCGGCAUACCUUGCAAAGGGAAGUGUUUACUCCUAGCGAUGAAAAACUGCUGAGUGUAUGUUACGUUAGUAAGGCUUACAAGAAAAAAAAAAUGAGCUUUUUGUGCCUAACUACAACAACAGAUACACCAGGAUCUCUUAUAUUAUAUCAAGUGAAGAAAAAUGAUAAAAAUAUUUAUAAGAAGAAACAGUCCUGGUCUCUGAAUGAUAUACAGGUUGUAGAUGGUGUAAAACAUGAUUCAAUGGAUAUAGAGUUGCAUAUUGAUAAAGUAUACAAAUGGUCAUCCACUACAGCACAAGAAAGACGAACAUUCAUUAGUAAUUUGUACACUUAUUCAUGCAGUCUCACUCAGAGACCAGAAUUCAAAAAUAUUCCCAAAGAAUGGCUGAUUGAUCCAACUGCAUUGAAGGAGAGUGACAGUAUUACAUUUACACCAGAUCUUUUAGCAUCUCCCAUUUCCUCAGAUUAUCAACCUAUCACUGAAAAAGAAGCUACUGACUUAAAACAGAUGAUGGAAAAUUGUGAAUAUGCUGUUUCCAAUGCUGAACUUUUUAUGGAGACACUUUCAAAGGAUUUGUCUAUUCUUGAUGGGGAAAAUGUACACUCAGUGUUAGCAUCUGAGCAGAGAGUAACUCAAUUGAUGAAUAGUAUAGACGCUGCAAUAAUUGAGGCUUCCAUUGUGGAGGCACGAUUAGCGACAUAUGAUGAAGCAUUAGGAAGAAUAAGAGAAGUAAUGGCUCGAGUUGGGCAGAAGAAUCAAGCUAUACACACGGCGAAUAAUAACGCGAGGUUAUUAUUAGAUCAGCUAAAUAUGGUAAUUUCGCAGUUAGAUAUUUCUGCAACACAUCAACGUACGUUGAAUGAGGCCGAGUUACCGGGUGAGAGAGAAGAGCUCAGUCUGGCAGGUGCAGCGCUUUUAAAAGCGAUUACAGCACCUCUUCCACCAGGUUUAGACAAACUGAGUGCUGUCACUGAGCAGAAAAGACGACUGGACAAGCUCAAGGCGAAAUUCUCAGUCAUUGUUGCAAGACACCUAAACAAUCUGUUCAUACAUUUGGGCAACGAUAUCGGGGAUACAUCGACUUCCAUGACAGAUCUAAUUCUACCUACUCACCAAGGAGUUCAUCACGAGCUAGUGCCGUAUACUGAAUUGAUGCAGCUGCUGAGAGCGCUAGAUAACAAGGCGUUCGUACAGUUAACCAAGGUCUACACCGACACCAUGAGCAAACUGUACAAGAGGGAUCUCAAGCGCUUCUUCGAGGAGGCCAAGAACAAACUUAUAGCCAAACGAUUGCAAGUAAAUACAUCAAGGUCGAGCGGGCAGAAAGGUGAGGAUUUACUCAACCCGGCUCCCAUCUGCCUGCUGAGCGGCGAAGUGUGGGCGCCCGUGGGCGAAGGGAAUCUCUUAGAUUCGGUGCUCGACUGCGUACUCUCGCAGAUGCAGCCGGUAUGCCUCGCUGAGCAGGGAUUUUGCGUUUCGUUUCUCCAGUUGGACUCUGUUCUUUCGCCUUCCAAGAGUAGCGAGAUAGAAGAGAUAGAAAACACGAGUAAUGGCGCGGCGAGUCCCGGAUCGGUGACUUCGACGGCGAGCAAGAGACUGGAGCGGCAAGUGAAUGAAGACGUGCGCGCUACCAUGGCAGCGAUAUUCCCGUCGUUGGAGACCGAGUUGAACAAUUUUAUCGGCUUCUUGGACAAGAUAGACAGUUUCUGGUGUAUGUACGUGUUGGUCCGUUUAUCGCAACAUGUCAUGUCUGCCCAGGAUACUGGCUCAUUCCUGUCGAUGACGUUCGCUUCUGCUCUGAUCCACGUGAAACGUGCGUUUGACAAGUUCAUGCAAGCGCAGUUGCAGUCCAUAUUGUGCGACACGAAAGUCAAUCGCCGACAUAAAUGCGGCAUACUACCGUACAUAGAGAACUUCGGCCCGUUUGCGAGAACCGCGGAAAAGAUCUUCCGCAACUCCGACAGAAAGGUCGAUCUCGACAAGUGGUACACGAAGCUGGUGAGCACCAUGUUCGACGCUAUCGUCAUUCACAGUCGAGAACACCACAAGACGCCGCAGGAAGUCAUAAAAAUGGAGAAUUUCCAUCACCUGUACGAUUUGUUGUCGCAAUUAAAAAUUUCCGUACUGGACCAUGAGCGGAAAGAGGCUAAACAAAAGUAUCAAGACGCGCUGCGUGCUUACGUUACGCAAUACUUCGGUCGGCCUCUUGAAAAACUUAAUUUAUUCUUUGAAGGCGUUCAAGCCAAAGUAGGGGCCGGUGUAAAAGAGUCUGAAGUUAGUUACCAGAUGGCUUUCAGCAAGCAGGAGUUAAGACGAGUAGUGAAGGAGUAUCCUGCGAGAGAAGUUAAGAAAGGUUUGGAGAACCUAUAUCGUAAAGUUGAGAAGCAUCUGUGCGAAGAGGAGAAUUUAUUACAGGUCGUUUGGCGGGAGAUGCAAAAUGAAUUUAUCGCGCAAUACAGAAAUAUCGAAGAGCUGAUACAACGUUGUUAUCCAGACAGUAUGGUGACAUUGGAGUUUACCAUUCAGGAUAUUUUAGAAUUCUUCUCGGAAAUAGCGCGAUCUCAUUAAAUCGCUGAGAUAUAAUAAACGUAAAAUGAUGUUAUUUAAUUUGACUCAAGUAGGUAUUAACGUAGUUAUUAAAACAUUUGCGAGCGUUUUCGAAACUCAUGAUACUCCGACAAAAAGUCGUGUAAUGAUUGAAUAACAAUAAAAGAAAGUUAUUUUAAUA